UGUGAAAAAGUAAAAAAAAGUAAAGCAGGUGCUGUGAAAUUGUUAACUGUCUCAAAACUCUAAAGAGAACCUAGACAGUGUGGUUUCUCUGUGCUUAAGCAGCCUGAACCCAGUGCUUCCAUCCAUUCAUGAAGUGAGACUCCUCCUCCUCUUCAGUCAGUGGUUCUCAGACUUUAAGUCUAAUGCAUCUCCAAUUCCAUUAUCCCGGCUAAUCUGGCAGCGUGGCGAGGCCGGAGUCUCGGAGCUAUCCUUGAUUUCUUAAUCUCUAGUGAGAAGCGCUUUACUCAGAACUGCUGCGCAACACUUCCUAAGAUCAGCCAUGGAGGAGAGGCAAAGCAGCAGCAGACGCUCUUCAUCUCAGUAUCAGUCCUCUCCAGACUCGCCCUGGAGAGCCAUGGUAGAGUACCUGAAGAAUGUCCUGCACAACAAGGUGUCCCAGAGGAUCCGAGACUGGGUGAAGGACUACUGCAGGAAGAACGGCCUGCUGACCCUGUCUGUGCUGGCCGUGAUAACUGGCUGCGUGGUGGGCUUCAUGCUGAGGAGCCUGAAUCUGUCCACUCAGGCCAAGAUCUACUUCUCUUUCCCCGGAGAGCUGCUGAUGAGGAUGCUGAAAAUGCUCAUUCUUCCUCUUAUCACAUCCAGUUUGAUGUCUGGUCUGUCAGCCAUGGACACUAAAGCCAGUGGGCGCCUGGGCCUCCUCACCAUCACCUACUACCUGUGGACCACCUUCAUUGCGGUUAUUGUGGGAAUCAUCCUGGUGCUGCUCGUCCAUCCCGGCACAGGGACAGAGAAGGAGGGACACAAGGCCUCAGGGGGGCCGGUUAUGACCUCCGCAGAUGCUCUGCUCGACCUCAUUAGGAACAUGAUUCCUUCCAAUCUAAUAGAAGCAACAUUCCAACAGUAUAAGACAGAUCUUGUGCCUAAUGUCAAGAGCAUCCCACUCGAAUCCCAAGCCAACUAUGUGUACAUCAUGCCAGACCAUGACAACCCAAAAAUGGGCCACCCGGUGUUUCUGGAGCUGACCCCUGCUCCGGAGAUCCACUACAAAGUAGUUCCUGGGAAAAGCAGCCAGAUGAACGUCCUCGGAAUCGUCAUCUUCUCUGCCACCAUGGGUUUGUUGCUGGGCAGGAUGGGGGAGAGAGGCUCUCCGCUGGUUAACGUGUGCCUCUGCAUCAACGAGUGUGUAAUGAAGAUCAUCAACGCUGCCAUGUGGUAUUUCCCAUUCGGGAUUGUGUUCCUGGUGGCAGGGAAGAUCUUGGACAUGCACGACCCCGUGAUCCUGGCAGAGAAGUUGGGCAUGUACUUUAUAACUGUACUGGCUGGCCUGUUUGUGCACGGGGUCAUCCUGCUGCCCAUGUUCUUCUUCAUCUUCACCAAGAAAAACCCCUUCAGCUACAUCCGCGGCCUGCUGCAGGCGCUGGUCAUCGCACUGGCCACUUCAUCCAGUUCUGCCACUCUGCCCAUCACUAUGAAGUGUCUCCUGGAGAACUGCCAUGUGGACCGGAAAAUCGCUCGCUUUGUGCUGCCUGUCGGAGCCACCAUCAACAUGGACGGGACCGCUCUGUACGAGGCAGUGGCUGCUAUUUUCAUUGCCCAGGUCAACGAGUACGAACUGGACUUUGGACAACUUGUGACCAUUAGCAUUACAGCUACAGCAGCUAGUAUUGGAGCUGCGGGGAUCCCACAGGCUGGCCUCGUCACAAUGGUGAUUGUCCUCACCUCAGUAGGGUUACCCCCAGAUGACAUCACACUUAUCGUUGCCAUCGACUGGAUCCUGGAUCGAUUUCGCACCAUGAUCAACGUGCUGGGUGACGCACUUGCAGCAGGAAUUAUGGCCCACCUGUGCAGGAAAGACUUCCAGCCAAAAGGUCCACCAAACAACGAUCAAAGGCGAGACACUGUGACAUCCUACUACGGAAACCAAAGUGUGCAGAGCAUCCCUUCGUCUGAGGUACCUCUGAUUGCUAACCGAGACUACAUCCUGGAGGUGGUGGGGGAUCAGGUGAUUGAGAGGCCUACCGCGUACUACAACCUCUGCCAAGUCUGAGUCGUUAUGAGGAGAGCCCAGAAGGAGUCGCUGCCUUCCACUUCACCGAAACCUUCCCAGCUUUUUCCUUUACCCUUCACUUCUGGUCGUGCCAUUCUGCGUCUCCAUUGCGCCAGAAACUCCUCCUUCACCUUUUGCGCAGAGAGCAGAAGUUUCAAGAGACCUCACAUUUGACUGAUCUUGAAUAUUUGACUGAUUUUGUAUUUCCUAAAUUAGGGAUUUUUUUUAUAUUUAAAACACACACACACAUAUAUUUAUAUAUAUAUUUAUGUUCUAGCAUUGCCUUAAAAUGCAGAAUUUGUCUCAAAUCAAUUGACACCAGUUAGAUUACAGUGACAAAAAAACACCUUUUAAAUAUUUAAAACCAAAUGUUUUUUCCUGUAGCCCACAUUUACUGUUAAAUCAUACAGUGUCAAAAAACAUAAACCAGUUCAUUAGAGAUUCUACCAGUUUAAACAGUAAAGCUGUUUUAUUAACAUUUUUCCUUUUGGCCUUAAAUGGUGCAGCAGCCUGGAGCACAAAAACAUACAGUAACUGCUGCACCUUUUAAGGCCAACUAGAACAUUUUGGAAAAGAUCUCUCCAGUAUUUUGUUCCAACUGCCUUGAAUCCCGGGCUGGAUUUUUCAUUCUGGAAAAAUGACUACCAUACCUGGCAGUUAGAACUAUGCUGACUGGUAUAAGCUUCUUUCACUUUCUACUUUUGGGCUAAACAGGGUUAAACUGUUGAUGUGAUAUUUAACUGAACUUUAUCAGACGUAUUAGUAUCUGCUCAUGUGGUCAGCUGCAGUAUGUGAAAGCCAGGCCAGCCGCUGCCUUGUUGUACUGCGAGUGUUGAAGAGUGAAUGUUUCUGUAGUCGAGUAGCGACGAGGACUGCGUGCGCAGCUCUCAGAACAGUACUCAACUGUAACUGUGUUUAUUUAUUUUUUAUAAUAAAACUGAAGGAGUAUUUCCACACACCUUAA